AUGCCACCACACUUCAUCUCCGGCGACAUUGGCCAACACGACCCUGAGGCAGUCAGCAAGAUCUUCGAACAACAUAACAUAACUCACAUCGACACUGCAGCACGCUACCAAAAUGGCGAAUCGGAGAAGAUCAUCGGUCGUUCCUCUCUACCGAAACAGAUUUCCAUCAAUACCAAGAUCCUCAUUACAGAAAUGACAGACCCAUUCCUAUUACCUGACCGCAUCGAGAAAUCCUUAAUGAACAGCCUCAAAGUCCUGAACUUGGGCCAAGUCGACACUCUAUAUUGCCACGGACCAGACUCCAUCACACCCAUCGCAGACCAAGCCAAAGCCCUCAACGAGCACUACAAACAAGGCCGCUUCAAACACCUUGGCGUCUCCAACUUCAGCACGGAAAUGCUGCAGGAAUGGCUCGAUAUCGCAGGCGAAGAGGGCUACGUCAAACCCUCGUGGUACCAAGGCCAGUACAAUCUCCUCUGCCGCGGUCACGAAGAUACCCUCUUUCCUUUGCUGCGGAAGCACGGCAUCCAUUACGCUGGAUAUGCACCGCUUGGGGGAGGGUUCCUGUUGGGAAACUUCACUGAAGAUGGUGUGCAAGCCGGAAAGAGGUUCUCGUUGCAAACGCCGUACGUGAAGUGGUAUGAUCAUGCCAGUAUGCAUGAGGCGGUGAAGAAGCUGAACGGGGUCUCGGAGAGGGCAGGAGUAGAGAUGGAUGAGCUUUCGUUGAGGUGGCUCGUGUAUCAUUCUGCUCUUGAGGAGGGUGACGCGGUGAUUCUGGGGUUGAGUAGUAAGCUCACUCACUUUGAGUCGAGUUUAAAGAAGGCUCAGGGCGGACCGCUGGAGAGUGGUGUUGCCGCUGGAUUGAGCGCCUUGUGGGAGGGUGUCAAGGCUGAUGGUAUGGAUAUGAUUGAUACGAGGAAAUGGUAG